AUGCCUCCUUCUAACCCGUUUGUCUCGGGUCUUGUGCGGGACUCCAAGAUCGACACCGAAGUCCUCGGCACCUGCACCAAGCAUGUCUUCUACGACAGCGGCCCGUCGGCAAAGGAGCGGCGUGGCGCCUACGGCACCGUCUACCUCGAGCGGUUCGAUCACCAACAAGUCAAGAGGUUGAGGGCUGUCAAGGAGGUCAAGAAGCGCGUCGUCCCGGGCGAGGAGCUCGACUACAUCCGGGAGCUGGAAGCCAUUGUCAAGUUCUCAAAUCCAAAGUAUGCGCACUGCUUCGUCAGAUCCGAUGGCUGGUUUGAACUUGACGACUCGGUCUUCAUCACGAUGGAGUACCUGGAGAACGGGGACUUGCAAAAGCACCUCAUGAAGCCGCUGCCCGAAUCCGAGGCAAGGCAAAUCACGGCUCAGGUCCGAGAAGGCCUCGAAUACAUGCACGACAACGGCUUUGUCCACCGAGACUUGAAGCCCGGAAACAUCAUGGUCGUGACAUGCCGCCCAGAGUGGUUCGUGAAGAUUGCCGACUUUGGAAUCAGCAAGAGGCGGCAGCAAGAUGUCACAACCUUGCACACGAUGCAGCGCGGAACCUUCGGCUUCGCGGCCCCGGAAGCUCUGGGCUUCUCGAAAGACGGCUCUGUUGGUUCCUACACCUUCUCCGUCGACAUGUGGUCGCUCGGCGCGGUUGCAUACAAGAUACUCACCAGCACUAUAGCCUUCGAAAACGUAUUCGAGCUAUUCAGCUAUGGCUUCGGCAUAAAAUCGUUUCCCUUGAAGCCGCUAGAGGAACACGGUGUUUCACAGAGCGGGCAGGACUUCAUGAUCAAACUCAUGUCCCCCGCUCCAGAGAGCCGCCCUUCGGCUUCUGAGGCCGCUAACCUUGAAUGGAUGUCAAUGACAUUUGGCUCGGUUCCCGUGGAUUCAAGCCAGGACCCGGACUCUGUAGCCACCAAUCUACUCGCAGUUGACCAGACCAUGGCCUCAGAGGCCUCAAAGGGUUGGACUAUCGAUAGUACCGAUAACUUUCCAGAGACACCCACCAUCAGGCGCGGGCCAGCGCCGAGUGUUCAGUCUGUAGUUGACGAAGAGGCUGAUGGACAAGACUCUGAGAAAUUUGAGGAAGAGUAUGACACCGUCGAGGAAGACUCCAAUAACGUGGAGAAAGAUUCCGACAACGCCGAGAAAGGCCCUGACAAAGUGGAGGAAGACUCCCAGAAAGUCGUGGAAGAAGAGUCCGACACUAUCAAGCCAUCCCACAUGACUGUGCAGUAUCGACGGCCGUCGUUUGAGGAGGAGGAUUCUGGUAAUCUCAAGCCACCCCACAUGAGGGUACAGUAUCGACCACCGUCAGUUGAGGAUGAAGACUCUGAGAAAGUCAAGGAAGAAGAGCCCGACACAACCAAGCCGCCCCACAUACCGGUACGGUAUCAACCAGCGUCAGUCGAGGACUGUGUGGACGAGUCUCUUGUGGCCCAGGAUCCCCGUGGUACCUCUGUUAGUUCAUAUUUGAUGGUUCCGGCUGCCCUCGACUUUGAACAAAAGCUGAACUUGCCUCGGGCUUUUAAUCCCGUCCCACGAGGCGACCUGGAUCAAAUCAGAGCGAAUCCAGAGGAUUCAGACAAUCUUUGCGAAGAAAUAGUCAUCACUUCAGAGGAAGCAGCUACAGCACAGAAGUACCCCCGACCUGAUCCGCGAGGCUAUUCUAGCACCAGUCCUGGUCAAGACGAGAAACCUAUGACGCCUGUUCGAACUAGCUCGGUGCGCAGUGGCCACGGCAGCAGCUCGGAUAACGCACCCCCGCCUGCAGAUGCAGCGAGGGGGAGUUAUCCAAGUAGGAUUUACGGGCAUGAAGCAUUAGGAAAGCAAGAUCAAAGAUUCUAUAGUCCUGAAAGUCAUGGUGAAUACGAUUCGCCAUCUCAUCAGAAUCGUAGCCAACCUUCGGGCCAAUCGCCCACCGGCAGCAAAAACACUGUGAAUGACGAGGCCGCAAGGAUCAUUAUUUCCUGUAAUAACUGCGGGCUCAUACACGACAGACUGAAAGGUCCCAUCGAGUAUAUCGAAACAUGCCGCCACUAUCUCUGUCACAGCUGCCUCCUCCAGAAAUUUGCUCUGUCGCUAGUCUCGCCAAAGUUCAUGCCCCCAAGAUGCUCCUGCGAUGGCGAAAUAAGUCUCGAAAAAGCGAUGCGCAGGAUUAUCGUCCACCCCAAACUCAAUGAGAUAUGGGCCAGAAUCAAGACGGUCCGAGAUUACUGGCGCGGCAACGGAGAUGUGGAGUUAAGCUGCGCGUGUGGGCACAAUCUCGACAGAUCUUCUCCGACGGUGACUGUCGAAAAACCGACGGUGUGGAAGAGCCAAGUGAAUUGCUCGAGUUGCUCGACCUUGAGUGUUCGAAUGGACAAAGACGGCAACAGAGGGGUUGGUCACGUAAAACGGACCGUGUACUGUCUGUUCUGCUCCAAGGCAAUUGACGGCCACCAACACCAGUGCCGCAAACUCAUUUUGCGUCUCCUAGACAGUCUAAUGCCUUACACCGUGGGGGAGAGAAAGUUGAUCGUGGAUGCCCGACGAUUGCUGGAAGAGAGUAUCAACACCGACCCACACUUCGGCCCUCCGUCAUCGCAAUACCAGACAAUUCUUCAAGCGGGGGGUGUGGGCCGGGCACGGGAUGCUCAGCCUGAAAUUAAAGGCCCCAGAAGAACAGACACAACUUUUCAAGACUCGGCACCUCGGCCAGAAUUCAAAGUUCACAGAAUAGUAGAAAAAACAUUUGAAGAUGCGGCACCUCGGCCAGAAACCAACAUUCGCACAAGAGAAAUUAAAAUUACGGAAACAAACGACUUUGAAGACUCCGAUUUCGGCUCCACCCUCUCGGACGAAUCUGAAUUCUCGGAAGACUCGGAAGGUUCACUGGGUUCGGAUGUCUCAUUCGAAGAUUCCGCUCAAGAUUUUGCGUAUUAUGGAACCUCAGAUGGAGAGCUCGAAAACACUCACUCGGCAGUUUGUCGGUACUGUGGAGUUCUCCACGUUUCUUCCGAUCCGAUUAUUCCCAUUCUUUAUCUAAACUGCUCUCGAUGCAGCCCGAUACGCUGUCUUUGGUGUGGCGGUAUGAAAUGCUUUUGUUCUUGUGCAAUCCCACGAGGCCAACGGGAAAGAAACAUGAGGGGGUCAGGAGAUUCAGAGGGGGCGCCAAGGAAAGGCCGGUCCAUUUAUGCGCUGAUGGACGGGGAAUUUGGUUCAAAUGCCCCCAAGAGGAUGGAGGAUAAUCCCGUCCCGCGUCACCAAGAAAAUCAUUUGAGCUUUGAAACUUACACGGCGGCCCCUCCCCAGUCACGAAGUAGUGGGUUUUACUAAAUCGAGGCAAAGUUGCGUCGUCUUUGCAUGCCAGGCGCAGUUCCAAUGCGAAGUUGUUCUAGAUUAUCCAGAGCCGUUAUUUGGUGGAUGUGUGAC